AACACCAUGAAUAUAUUAAUACUAUGAAAAUAGAUAACCAUCAUCUACAUCGUGAAGUGAUGCAGAAGCUCACUGAGAUAGAUAAAUUAAAUAACGAGCUAACUAUUCUUUCUUCUCGUUUGGACAAUAGGGACGAGGAGUUUGAAGACCUUCAGUUCCAGGAAGAGGAGAUUUUGAACGAAAUAGCAAGACUUCAAGAUCUUUUCCGUAGAGUCUGA